AUGAGCUCAGAGUCGACAUCGGAUAUUCGGUCGCGACCCACAUCCGUGAAGGAUGGAAAACACGGAGUUUCUAUUUCCACCAAAGAGGUCGAUACGGGCGCACAGCUCGCAGCAGGCUUUACAGGCGAACUUGAUCCUGAGGAAGCCCUGCGCAUCCGGAAGAAGAUUGACUGGCACAUCCUCCCGCUGAUGUUCAUGCUUUACUGGGUUCAGUUCAUGGAUAAGACGACGCUCGGAAGCGCAGCUAUAUUGGGGAUAGAAUACGCACUUGUCCACUUCGGAGCGACCCUGCGGCGCUCAGCUUGGCGCACCGAAGCAAACUCGGCUAAUGCGGAAAUCAGGCUUGGAACUGCAUUUUAUCUCAGCUACCUCGUCUUCGAGUACCCGCAAAACUUGGCGCUACAGCGGUUUCCCGUAGGGAAAUGGAUGAGCCUGAACAUCUUCGUAUGGAGCAUCGCGCUCGCGUGCCAUGCCGCGUGCACGAAUUUCGCGGGGUUGCUCGUCGUGCGCCUGCUUUUGGGCGUCUGCGAGGGAUCCAUUACGGCUGGGUUCAUGAUCGUGAGCUCGAUGUUCUACACGCGUAACGAGCAGACACUGCGCGUUGGCUAUUGGUUCUUGAUGAAUGGAACUGCCCAGAUUAUUUCGGGGUUUAUAAGUUUUGGAUCGUUACAUAUCCAGACAAGUGGCUUUCAGCCCUGGCAGUGGCUUAUGAUCAUCACCGGAGCGAUAACCUUUGCCCUGGCAAUAUGCUAUUGGUUCUUCUUUCCGGAUUCUCCGACAAACGCUUGGUUCCUUACCAUGGAUGAGCGCGUAAAAGCGGUGCAGAGGAUCAAGGAAAACCAAACAGGCGUAGAAAACAAGCACUUUAAGAAGGAGCAGCUCAUCGAAGCUCUCCUCGACCCCAAAACAUGGAUAUUUGCGCUCUUCUCUGCGCUUGACAACGUCCCCAACUCUCUCACAAACCAGCAGCAGCUCAUCAUGGCUUCCUUCGGCUUUUCAGACCUGCAGACGACGCUUCUCUCCUGCGUGUCGGGUAUUGUCGAGAUCGUCACAAUAUGGACGGGCGUCACGCUCGCCGCGCGCUGGCCAAAUGCGCGCGCGUACGUUGGGGCUGCGUACUUCGUGCCGACGCUGAUCGCAAUUAUGCUAUUGAAUUUAUUGCCAUGGAGCGAUAAGGUUGGGCUGUUAUUCUGUCAAUGGUUGACGGGGAUAAGCAUCACCGGCUUCGUGCUCGCGCUAGCGUGGAUCAACAACGUCACCGCGGGACACACAAAGAAGGUCGCCACGAAUGCGAUUCUUCUAUCUGCGUACUGCGUUGGCAACGCUGCCGGUCCAUUUAUGUGGCUGGAGAAGUACAAGCCGCGAAAUCACGUCCCGUGGAUUGUGAUUGCUGUAUGCUACAUCGCGUGUCCGCUCUUGUUGCUUCUCCUUCGGUACAUUCUCGCACGCGAAAACAGCCGGAGAGAUGCAGAGCCUGAAGACGACGCUUACGAAGAAGUGUAUAUCGAGCGCUUGUCAGAGGACGGAAAGCUCGUCCAGGUCCGGGUCGACAAGGAGUUCCUGGAUUUAACAGAUAGGCAGAAUCGUGAUUAUCGAUAUGUACUAUAG